AUGAGCACCUUGGCGUCGCGAGCAGUAGGGGACGGUGCACGGCUUCCUGGUAACUUUGUGGCGCUUGUGGAGAGUGGCCAGUGGCAGGAGGCGCUGCGGUCUUCGCCGUCGGUGGAGGCGACGGUGGAGGAGGGCGUCGGUGAGCAUACCGGGGCCACGCCGCUGCUGGUGGCUCUCGCGGUAGGAGCGUACCCCCUCUUCCGCAACCUCAUCCAUUUUCGGGCAGACGUGAACCAUGCAAAUCGGGUGACCGGCGUGACACCGCUCAACGCAGCGCUCGAGUAUGUGGGAGCUGGCAAGUCGAAGAAGAAGCGGUUCAAGUUUGUCGCACACAUCCUCGAGAGAGCGCUUUUGGCGGCACCGGCAGAGGUUCUCAAGCAGGCGGCCGAGACAGAUACGCGCAUGCUCAAGGCGAACAUGGGGAGCGAUGAAGCGAUCAAGUAUAUGGCGCUCCCGCUGGUGAUCGCAGGUGUCAAGGAGAAUGCGCUGAUGCGUGGCAAGGGCCUGUGGCGGCGGGCGCUGGCAGGCCUGGUGACGCAGGCGGCGGUCGAGGAGUGGCACCGGGCGGUGAAGGAUGUGGUGUCGGAGGCGAUGAGGCGCGAGUAUCCGGCGAGCGUGGUGGCUGCGGAGGAGGCGGGCGAUGGCCAGAGUGGGUGCUUGCGCGACGUGGACAUGGCGAUGAGCGGCAUGACGACGGGAGACUUUCUCAAGUGGUUGGCCAAGGAGCAGACGUGGGCAAACGUGAUCGGGUACGUGGCAAUGUUCAUCAAGGCUUACAACUUUGCGGCAGCCAAGGGUGUGCUCAAGUGGGCGGAGGAACACGCGAACGAAGUUGACGGCGAGCUUGAGAAGCCGGCGCUGACAAAGGCGCUGGUGUGGCUUGCGGAGCAGGAGUUUGUGAGCGCCGAGCACGGCAGGUUUGCAAAGCCGAUUGCGGGGUCGCUGAUUCGGCUGGGUGCGAAGAUCUCCGGGUCGCGCGGGCAGGCGUCUGUGGUGUAUGUGGCGGCCAAGUCUGGGCAGAACCCCAUUUUCGACGCCAUUCUGGAGCACGUGCGGAAGCAGAGCAAGCUGGCCGGCCUCGGGGCUACGACGGCAUGGAAGCGACUUCGCGAUUUGAUGAGCGAAAAGUUUGACGGGAAGAACGUGCUGCAAGUGGCCAAGGCGGCCGGGAACCCUGCGGUGUGCACCACGGUGGAGCACAUCUUUGAAGAGGCCGGUAAGUGCCGCGAGGAAUCAGGCGCAAGCGUCGACGGGAGCAAGAUCGUGGCGGCCGAUGUGGUUCGGCUCUUCAACAAGCUCGUGAAGACAGCGUCGGUGCGUUUUGCCGGCCUGCGCGCCACGGUGGGCUUUGGGCGGCGCGACGGCGCGAUCCCGGUCCUGACCUCUGCGUCAAAUCGUGACACAAAGUGGGGCCUCAAAGCCCGGCUGGAUGCAAUUGUACUUCCGGCGCUGCGUGCUUUGAGUUGCGGGCUGACCGACGACGAUACCGAGGUGCUCGAGGCGCACGUGACGGCGCUCUACUACGUGGUCAACUUUGCGGUGGGCACCGGCCCCAACUUGGACCCGCUCGUCCAUCGGCCGUCGUUCGGAAGGACAGCGCAGUGUGUGCUCAUGCUCAUCAACGAGCACAAUCUGCAUCUCAACUCGCUGGAGCCGCUGGUGGGUAAGUGCCAGGAGGCGUUGCUGGCGAGCUCGGGUGUGGUGGCGCUGCCGUCGGUGACCUUUUGAGCGGUUGGUAGAGACAAAAAAAGCGAUACGUUUACGUGAGCGCGCGGCCUGCAUGUCUAAAUGGGAG